GCUUGGGAACUGUUGGACACAAGACCCGCUAAAAUGCCACAAUACGAGCUGUCAUUGAUAACAAGAAUUUUAUCGAAGGUGAGAAUUACAGAUAGAAUUCGAAGCUGUCUACACUUACCUUUAAAUCUAUCAGGGUGUUAACGUCAAUUACCAUAUAGCUAGAAGUACUUGUUACAUCAAAAGUCAGAGUCUUCCCUGACCCUGUGGCUUCCCUUUCCAACUUGUCUAGGAAGAUCGGAUCUGCUCAUCCUCGGUGAAAGAACCUGUGAAACUCACGAGUGACGUAAAGUAAAGGAAGCAAAGAAGUCAACACAAUAAAACCUAGAAAACAAAAGGUGAAAAAAAAGAAAAACUUCACAGGUUCUUACACCGAGGUAAACCCGGAAGAUCAAGGAGUUUCUCGGGAGGCACAUUUGCUGAGGACAGGACUUUUUGUACUGCAUGAUCAUGUAGUUGAGCCUCCUGUGAACGGCCACCCAAAAUACCAGGAAGAAGAGGAAAUAUUAAAUCUCCCGGAUAGUCGCCGAAGUUUGCCAUUUUUUCAGCGGACUCGACUUUCCGACAUUAAAAUUUCACCCCCACAGGAAUUUUCGCCCAGAAGGUGAAAUCUCGAGGAGGCAUCAUGGUAGCUCACGGGUAUAUUGUAGAAAAGUAUGUACUUACAGUUGAAGUAUAUAAUCAGUAUGCCAGAAAAACUCUCAAUUUGCUUGAUCAGGGGCUGCAUAGAAUUGCUGGGUAUUGAUAAUGUUUCUCCUGUUCACGCCCACAAGUAAGAGGUGGUUAGGGUGACGUAAAACAGAAAAUCCCCAAAGGGACCACUUAGGUUGAUUUUGGAACAGUGCGUUAUUGUACAGUCAUACUUUUUUGCGGUAGCAUGUUAUCAGUGACAUACUGUGAAGCAGCUGUUUUAAGAGUUAUGGACAAAAAGAUCUUGUUAAGUGCAGAUGAAGUUGUAAGGUGUGUGUAACUGAGUAUGUAUAUAUGAACACCUGGAGAGUUUGCCAGACACGAGUAUCAUUCACAAAUCUUUUGUUGGAAACAAUUUGCCAGACACUCUUUCCCUCUCUUUGGGGGAAUACGACACAAACAAGCAAGAUGAGGGAAUCAAUGGCUAGCUUAUCACUAGCAGAACUAUGGAAUAUUACAGAGAUUCGCCGACAAUUAAAUUCUGUUCUGACAUAUUGCCUGCUCACAGAUGUCCUUUUAUUAAGUUUUUUUUAAAGUAUUGUUAAUAGUUUAAAAAAUGACUAGAACACGCGUGGGAAGUAAACUAAUUGGGUCAAAUGACACAAAGGCAGCACCGUCGGAAUUGGAGUCAAUUAUGAGCAUUUUUUGCGCAAAUGACAUCAUAAUUAUGUCAUGCAUUAUGACAUCAUCUAUCAUUACUUCUCUAUCAGUUCUAAGUAUUUGAAGUCAUGGGGAGUUGACAGCCAUGUCAAGUCUUCUCAAAGCAAAAGCAUGUAAAUGUCAUUUACUUGUCAGACUUUGUGAAGCCACAACAAAGACUCAAAGAGCAUUAAUUUUGAUUUCAAGCCUGUGUUGUGGGAAUAGGCUGAUUUUUUUUUUUAACAGAAUAGAUUGAGCUGUUUGAUCAGAUGACAAUUUUUGAACAUGUAGAGCUUAAGCUGUUUGAACUACUGACUAUAUUUUCAUAGUUUAUUAAAUUCCCUGAUUUACUUCUUUAAGGAAAUGUGAAAAACUGUAUAUGGAGAUGGGGGCUUAAAGGAGCAAAGGGGCUUUUUCAAGACUUAAAUGUUGUGCUUUUUUGACAGGAGGGAUUUGCCUCUGUUCUUCGUCGGACAGCUCUAUCUAUUAUGGACAAAGGGGGAGUAGUAAGAAAAAUGGAAAACCUAGGAGAGCAAGAGCUUCCCCACAGAAUGAGAGCACAUACUGAAUGGCAUACACAUGGCAGGUAUGUUGGUAGCCAUUAAUAAAGUACAACUUGAAAAGAAAUUAUUAAUUUACAGUGGAACCUCAAUUUAAUGUUCAAACCUCUACAUGUAUAUAACCAAGAGCCCAUAACCUGGAGUAAGCAGCUCCCUUGUGCUCAUGCAAAAGCAUUUUUACAGACCAGUUUAUUUUUAGAUCAAUUUUCCCACGAAUUUUGACUACAUGUAUCAAAUAAGCCUUACAAAUCAAUCAGCAAAAACUGGAGACUAAGAAAUGUAUUUCUGAUGUUUUGACAGACGUGAGUAUUUGCUCUUUCUUUUUGGUGUAGGUAUUUUUGUAGUAUUGAUGGGCACAAAUAUGAAAAGGUGCUUCUGUUUUCAUGAGAAAAGUACUCUAAACUGAUGCUAAAAAUAAACUGAUCUGUGAAAACGCCGUUGCAUGAGCCAAGUAUGAGAGUUGCAUGCUCCAGGUUAUGGGCUCCUUUCUUGGGUUUCUGAGUCAUUAAGACAGGUUAUUGGCCAGUUCCUUUCUCCUUGCAAAUCGGCGGAUCAUUUCUUCAAGGCCAGAUAUGAAGCAAGAUUUCAACUUGGAAAGUAUUUUUAUUAUUAAAAAUAUAUUCAUUAAGUAAAAAAGCAGUGUUAGUACAACUUUUAAAUUAUAAUAAAAUUAAACCCCCCUGGCUGAACUUUUUCAUUCUAUUAUUCAUUUCUUAGGAUUUUACAAAAAGAAAUUAGAAUUCCUUAUUGAACUUAUUUUUGGCCACUGUUAGGAAAGGGUUAUGCACAGGCACUCCACCUACCCUCAUUCCCAAGAAGAAGAGAAAAUCCUGGGAAUGAGGUUGAUACUUCACUUUCCUUGACUUUAGCCUCUGCAUAGUUACUAUCUUGGCCUGUGUAGCAAGUGUUUCUGUGCAAGUUCGUAGCAUGAUAAAAGUGCGCUUGUUUUCAAUGUUCUGCUGAAAAAACUUAUGUAGAAAUGCUUGCUGCAGCAAGAUAUUAUUAUUAUUAUUAUAAUUAUUAUUAUUAUUAUUAUUAUUAUUAUUAUUAUUAUUAUUACUAUUACUAUUAUUACAAGUGCCUAUAUGUUCUAGAAUUAACAGUUGCUUUCGAGUGUAACCUUAAUAACAAUGCAGUGCGUAAAAAAGAAAAAUAUCUGAACUUGAUCAAAGAAAUGAGUAGAAAUUACAGAUGUGUGAAAUUUGUAAAUCUCUCUUUGAGCUCUCUUGGCAUUUUCUCCGAUGAAUGCUCCAUGUUCUUAGACAUGAUGAAUAACAUUGGCAUUGAUAAAAUGCAGCAACUUUAUAUAAUCAAGAAAAAUUUUCUUAUCAUUUAAUGAUAAAUAUAGCCUUUGUUAGAGCAACAUAUUACAUCUUUUGUUAUAGAAAUAGGAAUUGGGAUAGCCCAGACUUAAUGCAGUCGGGUUUUUUCUUUUCUUUUCUUUUUUUUUUUCUUUCUUUCUUUUCUUUUUUGAAUGAUCCAAUCUCAAGCUGCAUUUGUAAAUUGCCCAUACGUAGCGAGGUUUACAAUUGUACAAUAAAGUUUCUAUUAUUAUUGAAUUCUUAACAUUAUCUUGAUGUAGGAAAACCUUAAUUUGUUCUUGUCGAUAUUUAUUUUCUUUAGAUACUUCUUGAUGCACUUUGACUUAGGAACAGAAGGUCUGAAGGAACUGAAGCACGAGUUAGGCACAGACACAGAUCUUAUACGGCCACGUAUCAUCAAAGUAAAAAGCCGUUAUGAUUCUUUGAAACACAGACAUUCCAUGUUAGAGUGCUGGGAGAGUUACAAGCCUCCAAGUAGCUUUCAGCCAAGAUGA